GAACCAAGACGGCAUUGUAUUUACUUUAGCCUGAAAAGCGGACUUUGCUUUGCUUUGUUUCUACUGGAAGAACAAACGAACUAAAUUAGGUUUAGUUUGCAUUUAGCGUUGGAAGACGAUUGUCACAUUUAAAAUCAAAAUUUCGAAAAAUCAAAAUCUUUUCAUAAAAUAAUUGCAACAAGGUAAAAAGUUUCUACGCAAAAAAAUGAAGACUUUUUCACCAAAUCUGGAUGAUUCCAACGCACCAAUUUUGGAAAUGCCGGAUAGCCCACCGCCAUACAGCAGCCAGGUCGCAACUUCCGUACCGGUGAUUGGAUGUGGCCCUAGUAGAUCCUCCGGUCAUGCCGCAUCGGUCUCAUCGCCUCAACCAGGCGACAUGGAAAGUCAAUCGGGGAGCAAGUCGGUGAAAGUGUUGCUUUACCAAUCGUCCAAGUCUCAACGUAGCAUUUUUCUCAGGAAUGUCUACACCAUCUUGGCAGCCCAAGGUAUCGCCGUUUGUGGGAUCAUCUCACUAUUUUUCAUUCCCCACAUCCACUCAUAUUUCCAAGAGAUGUCAUUCUACAUCUUCUGGUCAUUCUGGGCCAUUGGUACCAUCAUUGCUUGCUUCGUCACCACGUUGUACAAACUGAUGCGAAAACCACCCGUCAAUCUAGUGAUGGUAACUUUGGUCACGAUUUCAGCCGGAGUAAUCUUUGGCACGUUAGCUGUGAGAGUAGAAAUGAUCAACCCUGUCCUAAUUUGCAUCGGAAUCAUAACCGGAGUCUGCCUUUCCGUUGUCCUCUUCACGUUUCAAGACCGUUAUCCCUAUACUCCGAUUAUUUCCGUAUUCUUCGUCUGGACCUUGUUGUUGGUCGCCUUUGGGGGUUUGUUCCUGUCUUACGGCGAAGACAUUGUGGCCACCUUUCAGCUCAUGAUUGCCCCCACGCUGGUGAGCACCUACUUUGCGAUGACAACCCAAAUCUUGGUAAAAGACAAGGAGAAAGCAAUCAUGUCGAAUGAGUAUGUCUACGGGGCAGUUCAAGUCUCAAUGUAUUUGGUGGCCGUAUUUGCUAAGAUUAUGUAUCGCAUUUAUUCCUGCUGCUGCCCAUGUUGCUCAUGCGACAACUGUGGGGACAUUUGUAAUGAGUUGUGAUUUAGCAAUAUGUGGGGAUGAUUUCACUAUUUUGGCCUGUCGCUUGAUUUAUUUUUGGUGGUAAAUAGUAAUGCUUUAGUCAAAAGUAGCUUCACAUUUGCAUACCUACAUACUUAAUUUUAUUUAGGCAGAAAUUUCUAGAUAGAUGACACGUUUCGCUUAAAAUUGGCAUGGAUUACCAGAUUUUAUAUGCUGGAAUAAAUAUAUUUUACUAUUUGUUUUAUGAACGCUUUCUAUUUUUCUACACAUCUCAAAUUCUCUCAUUUUCUAAACUUGGAGUAAAUUUACUUAUUUGUAUCAAGUAAAAUCGAUACGUUUAUAAUGAAUGAUUUUAAUAUAUAUAUAUUCAUGUGUAUAAUAAUAUCGGUUCUUCGGUUGGGUUAUAUCAUUAUGUGUUGUAAUGCUCAUUUAUAUAUUUACUGACAAUUCCUCAAAUGCCUAUAAUAAACGAUAAUAAAGUUGUAUUUUAACAAA